AAGGAGAGGAUCCCCACUCCCGCCAAUCACCCCACCUCUCCCUUCAUUCUCUCUCCUCUCAGACCCUCGUUCUCUUCCCUCUCUCUCCUCUUCUCCAAAACCUCUCAAACUCUGAAACCCACCUCUCUCUUCACUGCCUUCUCUUCUUCCCACUCCAAGAAACGGCGAGGCCAUUCCCGUCCUCCUCUCAAUCUCACCCGCAGGAACAACAGUUCUUUGACAGAGACUGGGAAGAGAGAGAAAGGGUUUGAAAUGGAAGAGACUGAGUCUGUUAGGUUUAACAAGAAACGGGCUGAGGGCACAGAUAACAGUGAUAGACCCAGAAAAAUUCUCCCCCUGAAGGACCGCAAGCUUAAUCCUUCCAAUACCAUUUGCUCCGUUCAGAUUAUGGGGACAGGAAUGGAUACUCAGGAUACAUCACCAUCAGUCUCGCUUUUCUUUGACAAGCAAAGAUUUAUAUUUAAUGCUGGAGAAGGAUUGCAACGCUUCUGUACAGAGCAUAAAAUUAAGCUGUCAAAGAUUGAUUACAUAUUUCUCUCUCGUGUAUGCUCAGAAACUGCCAGUGGACUUCCAGGUCUUUUAUUGACAUUGGCUGGCAUGGGAGAAGAAGGAAUGUCUGUCAAUGUAUGGGGACCUUCAGAUCUGAAGUACUUAGUUGAUGCAAUGAGGUCAUUUAUCCCAAAGGCUUCCAUGGUUCACACAAAUAGUUUUGGACCAUCACUGGGUUCUGAAGGGGUUUCUAUUCCUGAUCCAAAGAAGUUUACUGAACCUAUUAUUCUCAUUGAUGACGAGGUUGUCAAAAUAUCAGCUUUGCUCCUGCGACCAAUCUCCUCAGAAGUGACAGAAUUAGAUCUAGAGGAUAGAAGAAAUCAAUAUUCAGAAACCUGUUUACCACAAAGUCCAAAUAAUGAAGUUAAGCUUGUGUUAAAGCCUGGUGAUAUAUCUGUGAUAUAUGUCUGUGAAUUGCCUGAAAUUAAGGGGAAAUUCGAUCCAAAAAAAGCUGUUGCUCUUGGAUUGAAACCUGGGCCGAAGUGUCGUGAACUGCAAUUGGGGAAUUCAGUGAAAUCAGAUCAUCAAAAUAUCAUGGUUCAUCCUAGCGACGUGUUGGGUCCUUCUAUUCCAGGUCCUAUCGUACUCAUUGUCGACUGCCCAACAUCAUGUCAUUUGCAAGAGUUGUUGUCUUUGCAGACUCUUAGCAGUUAUUAUGGAGAUAUGUCGAGCAACCCAGUAGAGACUUCCAAAUCUGUGAAUUGCAUCGUUUACCUAUGUCCUGCAUCCGUCAUAAACACCAAUGCUUAUCAGAAGUGGAUGACAAGAUUUAGGGGUGCCCAACAUGUCAUGGCAGGACAUGAAAGGAAGAACAUUGAGGUUCCUAUUUUAAAAUCAAGUGCAAGGAUUGCAGCACGACUUAAUUACCUGUGUCCUCAGUUGUUUCCAGCUCCUGGUUUUUGGUCUCUUCAACAUCCCAAUGGCUCAGUGCCUGGCUCUAGGGCAUUGAUUGAGGUUCCUGUUUCAAAGCUUUGUGAAAGCAUCUCUGCUGAAAAUCUCCUAAAGUUCCAUUUGCGUCCUUAUGCUCAGCUUGGAUUAGAUAGAUCCGGUGUUCCAAGUUCAAUUUCUGCUUCAGAAGUCAUUGAUGAGUUCCUUUUAGACAUUCCUGUGAUUGUAGAUGCUGCCCAACAAGUUACCCGGUUCUGGCAUGGGGACAAACAGACAAGAGAGGAUACGACUGUCAUGAUCGAAGAUCCAUGGUUGAAUGACAAUACUCUUCCUAGUUGCUUGGAAGAUAUUUCAAGAGAAGACAUGGAGAUUGUUCUUUUGGGGACUGGUUCGUCCCAACCUAAGUACCGAAAUGUUAGUUCUAUCUUCAUCAAUCUUUUCUCGAAAGGAAGCAUCCUCCUAGAUUGUGGAGAAGGAACCCUCGGUCAGCUGAAAAGAAGAUUUGGUGUUGAGGGUGCUGAUGAUGCUGUGAGAGGUUUAAAAUGUAUUUGGAUUUCUCAUAUUCAUGCAGAUCACCAUACAGGUCUAUCAAGAAUACUUGCUCUACGACGAGAUCUGUUGAAGGGAUUGCCACAUGAACCUUUGCUGGUUAUUGGCCCUAGGCAGCUUAAGCGAUUUCUAGAUGCAUACCAAAGUCUUGAAGAUCUAGAUAUGCAGUUCCUCGAUUGCAGGCACACCACAGAAGCUUCAUUGGAAGCUUUUGAAUCAAACAACAAUCUCUUCCCUCCGGGAAGCCAUAUAAGCACUGUUGGGCCAACAAAUGAAGACAUUAAUUCUACUUUGUUUGCUAAAGGAACUUGUAUGCAGAACUGUUGGAGGAGACCAGAUAGUCCUGUUAACAAUGCUGUGGUUUUUCCCAUUUUGAAGAACUUGAAAGAAGUGCUCAGAGAAGUGGGUUUAGAUGCUUUGAUAAGUUUUCCUGUGGUGCACUGUCCACAGGCAUAUGGUGCUGCCUUGAAGGCAACUGAUCGGAUCAAUGGUGCUGGAAAAGUGGUACCUGGGUGGAAGAUUGUGUACUCUGGUGACAGUAGACCCUGCCCAGAACUAAUUAAGGCAUCUCAUGAAGCAACAGUUCUUAUACACGAGGCAACAUUUGAGGAUGCAAUGGUAGACGAGGCUAUAGCAAGAAACCACAGCACAACAAAGGAAGCCAUUGAAGUUGGAAAUUCAGCUGGAGCAUACCGCAUCAUUCUCACCCACUUCAGCCAAAGAUACCCAAAAAUCCCGGUUUUUGAUGAGACUCACAUGCAUAAAACAUGUAUCACUUUCGAUUUGAUGAGUGUUAACUUAGCAGACCUACCUGUACUUCCCAAAGUUCUUCCAUUUCUCAAAAUUCUUUUUAGAGAUGAGAUGAUUGUUGAUGAAUCUGAUGAUAUUGUAAAUGUUGCAAGUGUGGCUAGUUGAAUACAAAUGUAGCUUACACAUGGUUAGGAGUUAUAAUUUUUACCCAAUUGGGUUUCAAAUGCAAUAAUGGUGAAUUUUAGGCUAUAUUGCUUGACAAA